GUGAGGUCAUUUUGAUAGCACGGGAGUUCUAUCGCGGGAGUGGGACUUCAUUGUUUUUUUUUUGGGUUUUUUUAUGUUCUUGAUCAUUAUCAUCACUGGUCUGAUUUAGUGGCAUCUCGCAUUUUGUUUUGGGUUUCUGGCGAGAAGUGACAAGAAAACCAAACCCCUCCCCGGAAGGCGGAGCGUGGCUUUGAGUCGAUUUUUUGUGUGUCAUAUUUUUUGUGUGCUCAGCCUUCAGCUCUGAACCGUCCACACUGAGAGAAUACACAUUGGCACAUUGUCAAUCGCUCACUACCGCUGCCAUCAACCAACAUUAAGCACACACAGCCCAAGCGCGCGCCUCAUCAAUUUCAGCAAGCAACUCUUUUUUUUGCGCAUCGCUUUAUUGUGCGUAAUGAUUUUGUUUUAAUUGCUUUCCCGUUUUCUAUCCACUCCUCACUUAAUAUAACAAACAAAGAACACUUUUUAUGUUUUACCAUAAUCUUUUACUUGCUACAUUUUUACAAUUAUCAUUACCGGUACUAAUAAUUAAUUAUCGGUUUAGAAGGUAUUUUUUUUAAAACAAGCAACAUUUGGACUAUUUUUUUUACAUGUUUAUGUCUAUUUAUUUUAAACUAUUUGUUCAUUCACUUCUACUAUCUUACCUGCUAACCGUCAGACUAAAUUAGUAGUUUUCUCUCACUCUUUUUAUACCUCUGAUGGUGGUGCGGUCUGAUCAGGUUUUCGUGAAGUUAAAAAGAGAAAAUGUGAAGUAGACUGCUAAAAAAAUAAUCCCCGAGGAGCUUCAGACAGAAAGUGAUUUUGGCAUGCGGGUUCGGACUGUAUUCCAGCAUCUAUCGCUGUCACCCGAAUCCUGAAGUUUAAAUAAUAAUCUGAAAUCCCAGCACUGACUUUUACCGAGAGGAACUGUACAGCGCGGAAUUGUAAACGAAGCCCAUUGAUUGUGUUGCGGUGAACUGAUGGACGAGCAAGCCCGAAUUAUGCAGACUCUCGGCGGUGUCACUCUGGCUGGCCACACGGUACAGGGGGGCAUGGCAGUUCCGCCUCCACAUGGACACGAUGGCUCCGACGGGAAGCAAGACAUCGGCGACAUUCUCCAUCAAAUCAUGACCAUUACAGACCAAAGUCUGGACGAGGCGCAGGCAAAAAAACAUGGCCUGAACUGCCACAGGAUGAAGCCUGCCCUCUUCAGUGUACUCUGCGAGAUCAAGGAGAAAACAGGUCUGAGUAUUCGAGGAGCACAAGAGGAGGACCCUCCUGAUCCUCAGCUCAUGCGUCUGGACAAUAUGCUGCUGGCAGAGGGGGUGGCUGGCCCGGAGAAAGGUAGUGGAUCAGCUGCUGUGGCAGCAGCUGCAACAGCAUCGGGAAGCCCUCCUGAUAAUUCCAUUGAACACUCAGACUACCGAGCCAAACUCUCACAGAUCAGACAAAUCUACCACACGGAACUGGAGAAAUACGAACAGGCAUGUAACGAAUUCACAACCCAUGUGAUGAACCUGUUGCGGGAGCAGUCACGUACAAGGCCUAUCUCACCCAAAGAGAUUGAGCGAAUGGUCAGCAUCAUUCAUCGCAAGUUCAGUUCCAUCCAGAUGCAGCUCAAACAAAGCACCUGUGAAGCUGUCAUGAUCCUGAGGUCUCGCUUCCUUGAUGCCAGACGAAAAAGACGUAAUUUCAGCAAGCAGGCCACAGAGAUUUUGAAUGAAUACUUCUACUCCCACCUCAGCAACCCCUACCCCAGUGAAGAAGCAAAAGAAGAACUGGCUAAAAAGUGCAGCAUUACUGUAUCCCAGGGGGUGGGAAGCACCAUCACAGUGGCACAGGUAUCUAACUGGUUUGGUAACAAGAGGAUUCGUUACAAGAAGAACAUUGGCAAGUUCCAGGAGGAGGCCAAUCUGUAUGCUGCCAAGACUGCUGUGAACGCAGCACAUGCUGUGGCUGCUGCUGUGCAGAACAGUCAGACAAACUCCCCCACGACACCCAAUUCUGGAUUCCAGAUGAAAGAUGAAGAAUUUAACCUGGAUUCUGCAGACAACAAAAACACUCUUUUAACCAGCAUGUUUACUGGUUCGUCAGGUUCUUUUAACCUCCCAAACUCGGGGAACAUGUUCAUGAGCAUGCAGAAUCCGAAUGGUGAUUCUUACCAAGGGGCACAAGUCGGAGCCAAUGUGCAGUCACAGGUGGAUACCCUGCGCCAUGUUAUCAGUCAGACAGCAGGAUACAAUGAUGAUCUGGGGGGUAACUCCAUGUACAGUCCACGUGGCUUGGAUGCUAAUGGGGUAUGGCAAGAUGCUAUGACCCCAUCUUCUGUGAUCUCCCCUACAGAAGGUCCUGGUAGUGUGCACUCUGAUACCUCGAACUGAUCUCUACAUGGACAUACUGACCAAUCAGAGACUAAUUCAUCAGACAUCACAACUACCAUCUUCACAAAUUCAUUCAGCAGAACAAAUCUUUAAAUCUUUUACAUCUUUUAGGGAUUGAAUAUUCUGCUCUCAACAGACUAUGUCUGUACAUUAUUUUACUAAUAAUUGCUAAUACAUUCUCAGAUGUUUUGUUAAUUACAAACAUAUUUUUUAUUAUUUUCUGUGAAUGUGUGUAGAUAUACUUCAUUUCUCCUUUAUGUUUAGACAUUUAGAACAUAAAGGCAGUUAAUCUAAUAAAUUCCAGUAAAGUAGAUGAUUAAUUUAUUCAGAAAAUAAUGCAAGUUAUAGAUUUUUUUUCAUUAUAUUAGUUUCACAUUCUAUGGGAUAUAAAUUUUUGUAUGACACAAAAUAAAGUCUUACAAUUCAGCCAGUAUGUAUAAGAACUCUAUUUUGAUAUGCCUCUGUUUGGAGACAUAAUGAAAAACAUUCCUGUGUAUAAUAUAACUUAAAAGUGUUUAUACAUUUCACAAAUCAAUACAUGGCUUCAUUACCUCAUAUUGAUGGAAUUGACAGAAUACCAACAUUACUACAUUUCUUAAGCUUAGAGUUCUCUCACUGACUACCUCUCAACAAAAUCAACAUUAUUUGAUCUGUUCCAUUGUAAUUUUUAUAUAAUGGUAUGUGGGUGCAUCUUUUAAUUCACCCCUUUCAUGUAAUUUAAUGUACAUUUUAAUCUUUUAAGAAAAAACUUUGCUUUCUUGCGACAUAAAAAAAUAUUAAGACAAUAAAACAAAAUAAUACCAUAGAGAGUGAGAGAAUUUUAGGGGAGGGUAUAGUAGAGGAAUAUGGAAAUGAAAAUAAAUAGUUGAACUGCUGUAAGUUAUAAAACCACUUCGAAUGUUAUUCAUCCAGUGACUAAUUUACUUUAAAUAAAAUAAUUAAAUAAUUAAUGUAAUGCAUACAUGGUCCAGUUAAAACUGUACAAUUCAGGUCCUGUAUUACAGGACCCUCUGACUUACAUUUUCUUUUUUGUAUUGUAUGUGAAUUCUGAAAUGGAUUUAAAAGAUCAUGAACAUUUAUUUGUGGCAGUGAUUAUAAUGUAUUACUGAUGUUUUGUGUUCCUUUUAACCAGACUACAGCUUGGACUGAACAGUCUUCCUUGUGGUAGUAAUGUGUGAUUCCAAACAUGAAUAAACAUUAUCUCCUUUCAUAA